UUUGUCACUUCGUUUCAUGUUGGAAAGAUAGAUAUCAUGGAACAGAUACUUAACAGUAACGAAAAUUUCUCAAUGUCAAAUACUACCUUCCAGGGAUUAUGGAAGCAGGAGAUCAGAAAAGAAGAUGACAAGAUACUGCAGAGCGUGUGUCCGGGUGAUAUAGAAGAUCCAAAUGCACCUAUAUACAUAGCAGAUGAGCUCCUCAAAGGCCUUUGUUGUUCCAAAAUUGGGAUGAUUACAUGCUGCAAACACUGCAGUACGAAAACCAAGAGGAACAACUAUGACAGCGUUUCGGAAACGGUGCCUACAAAUGAGACAUUGCGAAUCGCUGUAUUGUUAAAUCAAACGAAAAAUGCAGCUGUAUUAUGGUACCAGUUUGAAAAUCCAAUGAUGACUGCCCUAAUUUCAAUCAUGUAUCUUACCUCUUUGGCAAACAUUGCGGAGGAAAAAUUUGAGGAAAACCGCCAGGAUGAAUACCAGUCUCAUGCAAAGUUAUUUUUAUCACGGGCCGUUCGUCUGUUGGAAAAAAUGUUUGCUGACGAUGAACAAAUGGCUAUAGAGGCUCUUGAUAACGUCUGUGAUGUGUGGGGUCAUAUUGAAAGUCCUCUGCACUUCGGACACCAAUUCAAUAUAGAGGAAUUCAUAUCUCACUCUUCCAAUCAGAAAGAUGCAAGCAAGAGAUUGUUUUCGUAUAACGUCGCUGCAGUUGAAGACGUUCAUUCAGAUAUAAAACAUGAAACAAUUACUGCAAAAGCUCCUUCAAGGAAACACAAAUUGACAACUACAACCAGCGUUUAUCCGAUUACUAUAAGUGGGUGGUUUUCAUUUAUAAAGAACCACUGGAGUAAAAACUCUAAGAUAGCAAUUUUUACAGCACCAGUUACAAAAAUAGUUAUUCACAUAUUAUUUUUCAUCGCGGCUUUAAUCAUGUUCAGCUAUUUCCUCACUCGAGACCUGCAACCUGGUUCAAUAAAUCUUCUAGAAGGUUUGAUCUUCAUAUACAUGUUGGGUGAUUUAUUAGAGGAAAUAUGGAGCAUGAUUCGUCCGCAGAAAGAUUGCCACUGGUCACCACAGAGAAUAUUUCUCCACAUAUUUAAUAUUUGGAACACUUUGGACUUUUUGUGCUUCAUAUUGUACAUACUUGGAUUUUGCUUGCAUAUUUUGGACUCAGACUUGAUAGCACAUACUAGGCGAAUCUACAGCUUAGCCUUGUUUAUCAUGUUCCUUCGACUCUUAAACUUUCUAUUAUUGUCUAAACGGUUUGGUAUAAUCAUAAUAAUGGUGAAAGAAAUGCUUGUUGAUUUGAUGCAGUAUUUGGUAAUACUUACCAUCCUUAUAUUUGCUGCUGGCGUUGUUUACCAUGCCAAUGUUUAUCCAAGCCAUACAGUAACAGGACCAAGUAAUAUGGAGUAUUGGAGAACAUUGACAAUUCUUCAAAUUCCAUACUGGCAGGUUUAUGGCGAACUAUUUCUGGAUACAUUAGAAGGCAAUGACGAUUCAGGUUGCAAGGAUGACGCUCCAAAUUGUGCAGCAGGAGAUUGGAUAACACCAGUAAUUGCUGCUUUUUAUAUGAUGUUGACAAACUGGUUGUUAUUGAAUAUUGUAAUUGCAAUGUUCAGUGCACGGUUUAAGGAAAUUCGAAAAAAUUCCGAACAGAAAUGGCGUUACUAUCGGCAUUCAGUUAUAAUUGAUUUCGAAGAUAGAAUACCUUCACCACUCAAUUUUCCAUUUAGAAUUUUCAGUUUCGUAUGGUAUACUUCAAAAUGUCCAUGUUGUCCAUGUUAUAAGAAAACAGCAAAAGGUGAUAGGAGUGAUAUGUUGAAGAAGCAACGCCAAUUUGCAAAGGAGAUAAUAGCAGAAGAAAAACAUGAAGGGAGAAUGUCGAAGAAGCAACGCACAAAAGAUAAACUUCAAAAGACAACUUAAGAAAUGUUUUCCUCCAUAAAUGGCAUAUUUCUAUUGCAGUAUAGUAUGAAAUUAUGACUUCGAUUUCAAAGUUAAUGACACUCCAUUUUUGAAAUGACUGUAAAACAUGUUGCAUCUUAAAAUUGGAACUUACACAAAUUACAGUUUAUAAGCAUCAUUCAUACAAGGGUCAAAUAGAACAAAUCUAGAUAAUUGAUAAAAUAUUAAUUUUGACUGAAAAUGGUAUAACCUUAACUUCAGUCAAAGUUAUAUACUGUUCUCCAAUCAUGCCAAUAUGAAAAGAAGGAUUUUUGUUUUAAAUGAAACAGUUACUUUGGUCGGAAGUGAUCUUAUAGACCUUAACGAAGAGGUUGUAACCAGUCUUUCAUGUUUUAGUAUCAAUAGUGACCUCCUAACUCAAAAUUGAGAAUGAUCGUUAGCUUCCAUAUAUAUAUAGAUUAUCUACAAUCGCCCUGACCAUAUUUGGUUAUUUUUGGUGUUUUAUAAACUUGAAAUAAAUUGUCAAAGGAAGAAACUCAGAACUAAGUUUUCAAGGAUGAAUAUGUUUGCUUAAUUUAUUCCAGCUGAUGUAAUGAUUGAACUAACCGUUUCAGAUCAAAUGUUAGUAUAGUUGUAGCAUUACUUAUUUAACAAAUGAUGCCUAUUUACUGGAAGCAUUAUAGACAACCUACGGUUAUGUUAUAUGAAUAAUAUUUAAACACCGAUCAAUAAACGUAUAUCAUAUAAGGGGAAACUCACUUUUUAAAACAGAUCAGAGAGCUGUCAACUGUCAUAAUAUUUUUUUUUAAACUCCAUUCACAACUACUUUUAAAAUGCUACACUUAGCGGUUUAUUCAUGAAUAAAAGAUUUAAUAUGAUUUAAUCGAACAAACAUUUCGCACAUAAAAAAAAAUGCAUCUCAACGAAAAGCGACAGUACUUGAUAUGUUCUAAAAUAACAAUCAAAAAAGAGGAUAGAUACACCAAACAAUAAAUUCAUGUAUUAAAAGUGAUAUUGUUAUGAAAAUGAAUGCUUCUCAGUAAAAUUAUCAACCAAUUUAGGUAAAUGUUUGUUCUAUUUUUCUUUUUCAAGAAAAACAAAUUAUUAAUUUGCAAUUGUAUUUCUGAAAAUAGUGUAAGAUAUGAAAGUCAUAUGUCAAAACAAUUCUUUGUGUUUAUUAUUAUGAAGCAUUUGGUAAAUAUAGUGUUCAUUAUAAAACUGACAGUUGGUUUUUAUACAUGUAGAUAAAUUAUAAAUACAGUAAAACAAUCAGGUUGUUUCUUGACACGACAAUCGAGACCAUAAUAUCUCCAGUUCAUCAGGAUGAUUUUUUUUUUCAUAAAAUAUGAUACAAAAAGUGAAAAAGUUUUAAUUUACACCUGUGACGUAAACCUAUUGUUCAAAAUCUCAAUUAUUUUUCAGGAAUGGAGAGUUUUUCUAUUGUUCAUUUGGAUUCAUCCUGACGUUUUGUCAUUUGGAUAUUUCCAUUGGCACUUCUUAAAAAGGGUUCACCCAUGGAAAUAAUUCUAAGGGACAUAACGCGAUAUUGAAUAAAAGAAAACUUACGAAAAACGAAAAAACGACUGAUACUGGAUUUUCUAAAAAUGUGGAUCGUAGUAAUACAAUGAACACCAAAUAUCUCAUUAUUAACAAACAGCUAUAUUGUAGAGUUGUAAUUCCAUCGUAUGAAAUACAGUAUCAUAUUCGCUAAAAUUCAACAAAAUAACCCACAAUGUGUUUUCCGAUAAAAUCUUGGAUAAUUGUUUUUCACCAAUAGUAUCCAAGCGGGUAAAAACGAAUAUUUUCCAAUUUUCCAUUGAGUGCAAUUCCUUUUCUGUGCAUCUCUAAAAUAUCAAAUGCGAUUACUCAGUUGGAAUAUUUUGUUAUAUUGAACAUAUUAACAUUAUUCAAUAAUGACAAUUAGAGAAACAUAUAUUUCACAUACAAAUUUGAUUUCUAAUUUUACCGUUUAAUAUAUCAUUUC